CUCCUCUAUUUAUUAGACAUUUUCUACCGAAAAAAUUACUAACAAAUUCAUUUGACUAAUAGUAGUGAUUUUAGGAUGAUAGUAGUGAUCGUAGAAUUUUUAAUUAAUAUCGACAGUUUUUUGGGAGGCUGGUAGUAGUGAUUCUGGAGGGUCAUAGUGAUUUUCAUGUAGCUAAUAGUGUUUUAAAUUCUUUGAAUUUCUAGCGAAUGAUUUUUUUUAAUAAGAAUCACUACCGCACAUUAUAAAACAUACUAGGAACAGAGAAAAUGACUACCACAGAUGGUCAAAUCACUACUAAAAGAUGAAUAAUCACUACUAUACAUGAGGAAAAUGCUAAUACUGAACAAAAACCACUACUAUUAAAAUCUAUACAUGGGUUCCCAUUCCUUUCUCUCCUUCUCGUCGAGUGGUAUAUAUCGUCCAAAAUCACUACGUAAACCUACAAUCCCCAUUACAAAAUCACUACUAUAAACUACAUUGAUAGUAAGAGGCGCACUUGAGGUGAACGGAGGCGACGAAAAGGGUUGUGAGCGGUUGAAGAGACGAUUGUGAAUCUGAAAUAAAGAAGCGAGGCAAAGAGCCUAGAUCUGGUGUCGGAUCUGCUUAAUGGUUAUACCGAUCUGCCAUUCCUCUGGUAUACCUUUCUGCCUUUCACAGCAGUCUUGGCGGCGACCUCAAUACCGGCGGUUGAUAGAGAGAGCCGACGAAUCAUGGGGGAGACUCCUCCAUCGCCAUCGUCGCCGCUUACCUCCUUUAUCGGCAUCUCGUGCUACCCUUCUUGCCUGUCGCCGCCUGCCUCUGUCGCAUUUGCAUGUCUUUGUGAGCGCCCCUUCCUUCCCAUCGCCGCACCGUACGCACAAAUGGAUAAGAUGUGAGAGAGGAGAGACGGUUGGUGUUGAAAGAGUGGAAAAUGGAGAGGCGACCGUGGAUGAGAGGGAAGGUGAGAGGUGCUUUUUAUAUUAGGGUUUAAUAUGAUAUUACUAAAAUAUUCUUCACUUAAUAUAAAAGCCUUUAUUCAGUCAAAAAUAAAUGGAAGUUGAUUUAUGGAAUUAGGAUGGUGCUAACGGGGUAUGGGGUUAGCAUCCCAUUCCAAAUUACCACGCUCCAAUUACUAACCAAACAUAAUUUUUUUUAUCCAUUACUACAAUUUGUGACUUGUGAGAUUUAUACGCAAUUCCCCACCAAAUUAAUCUAACGGUGGGAAAGUCGUCGUCACUUCUUCAAGACCUUCCCUCAUUGGUCAAUUCCGUUACAUUGCCUUGUUUGGGUUCAAAUAUAUCAAUAUAUAUAAUAAAAAAAGAGGGUGACGUGUCAGCCAAAUCAAGACGGCAACUUCCUCGGAGGAUUCAGCCGUAUCAAAUUCAUUUGCCCUUCACCUUCAGAGCCAUCAAUUCUUCAAAAUCUGCACUAUAUAUAAAAUUGGGUCUUGAUCAUUUCUGCCUUCUGUAAUCUGCAGCUUUUCUUGAACUCUGUGAGCUCCAGAAAUGGCUUCCCAGGCGCACUUGGACAAGAUGCAGCUCCGCCAGAACUACCGCAAUCUCUGGCACAGCGAUCUUGUCCACACCAUUCAGGCUGACACUCCAUAUUGCUGCCUUGCUCUCUGGUGUGGGCCGUGUGUAUCGUACUUGCUCCGCAAACGGGCACUUUACAAUGACAUGUCAAGGUAUGUUUGCUGUGCUGGUUACAUGCCUUGCAGUGGAAGGUGCGGCGAGAGUAAGUGCCCGGAGUUCUGCCUUUGCACUGAGGUCUUCCUGUGCUUUGGAAACUCUGUAGCAUCUACCCGGUUCCUGUUGCAAGAUGAAUUCAACAUUCAGACAACACAGUGCGACAACUGCAUUAUCGGCUUCAUGUUCUGCCUCCAACAAAUUGCUUGCAUAUUCUCCAUAGUUGCAAUGAUUGUUGGAAGUGAAGAGAUAUCAGAGGCUUCCCAGUUGCUAUCUUGCUUGUCUGAUAUGGUCUACUGCACGGUCUGUGCUUGCAUGCAGACGCAACACAAGAUCGAAAUGGACAAACGAGAUGGCAAGUUUGGUCCGCAACCAAUGUCAGUGCCGCCGAUGCAACAGAUGUCACGUUUGGACCAACAAGUCCCUCCCUCUGUUGGUUAUCCACCUCAACCAGGGUAUGGCUACCCACCCCCUCAGGCUCAGGGAUACCCUCCGGCUGGAUACCCACCACCUCAGGCGCAGGGAUACCCUCCAGCAGGGUACCCUCCACCAGCCUAUCCUCCAUCUGGCUACCCACCAAAGUGACCUAUUGAUACCCUCCUCCAUGGUCGCCAUUGUUGAUAUGCGAAUUGUAGGACACGGGACGGCUAUGUGGUUUGGCUAUAUAUACAUUCAUAUUUGCAUUGAGGUUGCUCUGAAACUGGACUCUCUAUUUGAUCUAUAUCUUGGAAGGAACUUGAGCUCGGAACUUUGGCUGUUCAUUUAGGUGGGUGGAAGAGAUUAAUUGAUUGAUGGCCAUUGAUUCUUGACAUGUGGGGUUUGAACAUUUUUUUAUGCGCAGUAGUAACAUUAUGGACCGACAGAGUUAAUUAUCUGGUUGAAUUUCUUGUGUUGCUCUUCUGUGUUUUGUUGUUCCCUUGGCUACUUACUCCUCCAUGGUUGAAAAAUUUGCCAAGGUGGAUUUUUAUAUUUCUCUCUGGGCUCCAUGAAAUCCCUCACCCUGAGUGGCUGAGUCCAAUCAUAUGAAUCGAAGGUCAUUGUAAUGGGCCUCCAUUACCUUGGGCCAGCCUCAAUGUAGGAGCAGACAAUCCGUUUCUGCAAAAAUUGUAUUCUUUUGCCAGCAAAAGGCCCAGCUCAAAAGCCGGCCGUUUCUGACGACCGCACUUCAAAUUCAAGCAGAAGCAGGCAUCUCCACCGUUGUUUUCCAAAUCAAACCUAAUCCUUCCUCUUUGCUCGUCAGUCUCCUUCGCCAGCUAGUGCCUCUGCCUAUUCUCCUUCUCCAUGAGCUAGCUAUUAUCGCAGUAAAAAUCACACCCCAACAAAUUUAUAUGUGGGUUCAUUCUAACCAGACCAAUGUUGUAGGUGGUAUAAGGAAGUGAUUAAAAUUUAUACACCGAACUUUUUUCGAAUAUUUGAGUUAUUGAAAUUAGUUGAUUUAUGAUAUGACAUCAGAGUUGGUUUGAUCGUUCGUGAGUAUUUAUGCUUCAAAUCUCAUGACCCCAAGCCCAUGAUUUGACUUUCAUUUAAACGGGCAUGUAAAGAAGUGGUUGAAAUCCAUACAUGAAUCUCUCACGACAACUCGAGUUAUUGUGACCAGUUAGUUUCUAGCGUACGGUGCAACAUAAGUGUUGGUUUGCAUCUCGACUAUUGUAAAAAAAAAUAUAUAUAUAUGAACCGAACAAAUGCAGCUCGACCUUCAACACAUACUAUUUCCUCGACUUUCAAAUACGGAUAAAAAUAUGUCCACAGUUUGUCAUAAUUUUGGAAAAUAGAUUAACCGAUUAUUAAUGUUUUAGUCCCUUCUAAAUUAUCAGAAAUCAAAUCACUUAAUCUUUAAGUCUUUUACCCUCCCUCGCCCAAAUUUCUUAUCCACCACUGUUCAAAGUCAAAUCUGAAAUUCGAUAUAAAUAUAUAAUUUUUAUCAUAUUGAUUGAUUGUACUUUGUGAGAAUGUUAAGCAGGAUCAGCUUCGAGGUAGAAAUGGUAGGGUUAUUUAUUAGGAAAUAGGUUGUACACUUUGUACAGUGUAAAGGUGAAUAUGCUAACAAGUCACAACUAAUGUUAAGAUUUUGCCUCGUUAAAUUAAAGUUUCGUCAAACUAACCAUUUUGGUUCAUGUAAUUUGUUUCAGUUACCAAGCAAACCCUUCAACUUUUCAUAUUUGACCAGUUUGUUCUCUGUCUUUACCGAACUUAUUCCUAUUGUUGUCAAUUUUCAUCAUUCAUCAGAGGAAAUAAAAUAUCAUUGUCAAUACUAUAAGAAAUUUUUAUUUUAUUU